AUGGCGAGCUCAGAUCCAAGUACGUCGUCGGGAAGUGAGUACCAAGUGUUCCUAAGCUUCAGAGGACCCGACACUCGCGUCGGUCUUACCGACUUCCUCUUCCACAGCUUAACCGAUGCUGGAAUAUGCGUCUUUCGAGAUGAUGAAGAGCUCGAUGUUGGUGAAAGGAUCGAUGGAUCGCUCCAGCGAGCGAUCGACAAUUCCAGGAUCUACAUACCUAUCUUCUCUCGGACCUAUGCUUCGAGCCAAUGGUGUCUCCGCGAGCUUGCGCAGAUUGUGGCAAACACUUCCAAAUCGGAAGGUAAAAAAGAAAUCCUUCCUAUUUUCGUCGACGUGGAGCCUGACGAUGUUAAGCUAAAAACUCCAUUAUAUCGCGAUGCCAUAUUCAAUUUGGAACGCGAGAAGAAGUUGAGCAAUGGGCAAGUAGAUGCAUGGAGAGAGGCUCUCAUGGAGGUUGAUGCUAUAAAAGGGUGGGAAGUGAAGAAGUACAAAGGCUACACCGAUGUGAUUAACUUAGUAGUUGAGGAGGUCGUGCAAAAGCUGAAGACAAAACAUAGAUUGGUUACUGGACAUUUAGUUGGAAUUGAUGACCGAGUUGCCGUAAGAAUCGAAUUGUUAGACCUCGACUCUUACAGUGUGCGGCUCAUUGGAAUUCAUGGCAUGGGGGGUAUCGGUAAAACGACUCUCGCCAAGAUCGUCUUCAACCAACUCUCUUCUCAUUAUGGAAAGUGUUGUUGUUUCCUUGAAGAUGUUGGAGUGAACUCAUUAAGAACUGAUGGCUUAGUUGAGUUGCAAAAAAAGUUAUUAUCCGAAAUUGGUCAUCCUGGAGUAGCAAGACGCAUUGACGGAAUUGAUUAUGGGGCAAAGAGAAUUGGAGAAGUACUUAGCAAUAAGAAAGCCCUCAUUGUAUUUGAUGAUGUUGCUAAUAGUGAUCAAGUGCUGAAAUUAGUUGGAGGGAGUACUCUACAUCCAGGAUCUCGAAUAUUGAUUACAACUAGAAAUAAAGAUGUUCUACGAAUCAAUGGACCAAACUAUCGAAUCUUGGAAUAUGAAAUGGAGGUGAUGAGUAGUGAUCAUGCGCUGGAGCUUUUCAGUAGGCAUGCAUUUAAAAGAGACUCCCCGUCAAACGGUUACAAGGAUCUUUCGGGAAAAAUGGUAGCCGCUGCUGGGAGACUUCCGUUGGCUGUUGAAGUAAUUGGUUCGUUCCUCUUUGAUAAAAGGCAACAAAUAUGGAAAGAGACGUUGGAGAAGUUAAGCAAAGCACCUCACGAUGAUGUUUUUGAAAAGUUGAAGAUCGGUUAUGAUGCCUUAAGUUACCAGCAACAACAAAUUUUCCUCGAUAUUGCAUGCUUUUUCAUUGGUGAGCAUACGACAUAUACAAUUUACAUGUGGAAAGAUUGUGAUUUUUUCCCGGAUGCUAGAGUUGAUGUCCUUAUUAGCAUGUCAUUGGUAAAGAUUGUGGAAAAUACAUUUUGGAUGCACGAUCAACUCGGAGAUCUUGGAAGAGAAAUCGUUCAUCGUGAAAAUCCAAUAAAUCCUGAAGAGCGGAGUAGGAUAUGGACUGAUGAUGACGUCUUCAAAGCAAUGAGAACAAAGGAGAUGAAGAAGAACGUCCAAGCAUUGACUCUUGACUUACGCAAAAGUGAUAAUAAGACUAUCACAAGUGAGGAGAUAGGAAGGUUUCAACAUCUACGGUACCUCGGAUUGAGUGGGGGAACCUUUCGUGUUCUUGAAUUUUCACGCAAUGCCUUCAUAGAUAAUUCGAAACUACAGAGCUUAAUCAAGAUGGCAAGAAAAUUGAAAGUUCUUUCUCUUGAAUAUUGCCACAACAUAAAGAGAACGCCGGACUUCUCUGGAUGCCCGAAUUUAGAGAGGCUUAAUUUCGAAGGAUGUUCCAAAUUAAGGAAACUUGACGGCUCUAUUGGGAUGCUGAAGUCUUUGAUUGACUUGAAGAUUAGGUCUUGCCGUUCCCUCGGAAAUUUGCCUGAAGAAAUCGGGAACCUAGUGAAUCUGAAGCACUUCUCUGUCCGGGGGUGUCCGGUGAAGAAACUACCGGAUUUCAUAUGGAGGUUGAAAUCAUUAUGUAAGUUGCACUUUGACAACUGCCAUUCUAGAGUAUGUUCGGCAAAUUCAUGGGAGAUACCUAGUGCAAUAAUGCUUGAGAAUCUAGAAGAACUUCGAAUCUAUAGUCACAGUUUGAAAGUUCCAGAGACAAUUAGUAUGCUUCCUUGUCUGCAAACACUUGAGUUAAUAGAUUGUGAUGAGAUUCAAGAGCUGCCGAUGCUUCCUCCAAGUUUAAACAAUCUACGAGUGUCGUCUAAAUCAUUGCGAGUAGUCCCGGACCUCUUGAAUCCGACUAAUUUGGUUCCGUUGGACCUUGAUGAUGGCUCUCGUCGGAAACAUGGAGGUAAAAUUUGCAAUGGUGAUUUAGUGGGAAUGGGGAAGUUAUCCAAACUUAACAAGUUGAAAUUGGAACUUCUCAAUGUCCGUGCUCCGGCUGAGUUAGCUUCCCUUUCUCGCUUAAAGGAACUUUAUUUGUCUAGUUUGGAUCUGCGAACGCUCACGCAACUUCCAUCGUCUCUGUUAAAGUUACAGCUGGAUAAGUUCAAUUCAACCAUCUCACUCUCAUCCAGAUUAGAAAACUUGUCAAGUUUAGAGCUCACAUCGUCUCAAGUGCAAGAAAUUAACCUCAACGGCCUUCAACUUCAAAAUUUAGAAGGGUUGAUUUUGGGAGGCAGUGAACCCCUCGAGAGACUCGGGCUAUCAAACUUGAGGAAGCUCAAAACCGUUAGGGUAUCAGAUUGCCCAAAGCUUGUUGAGAUCCAAUUUGUUGGGGCGUUUGAAUCAUUGGAGGUAUUAAGUAUCCAGGACUGCGAGUCCUUGGGAGGGUUAGGGUACGCGGGUGAAGAAGCAGAGUUUGCUGAUGAGUUGACCAUGGAGGAAGGGAGACUAAUUCUUCCAUCGAGGGUAUUAUGUAAGUUGAGAACAUUCGAGCUUUCUCGUUGCCCAAAGAUACUCCAAAUUCAAGUACUCGGUACAUCGGAAUCGUGGAAAGAAUUUCGGGUAACGGAUUGUCGUCUCUUGCACAGUGUUCGGGGUUUAUCAAACUUAAAGAGGCUUGAGGGGUUAUACAUCCGGGACUGCGAUGGUCCGCAGGUAGUCGAGGGCCUUGAUGAGUUAGAGGCUUUCAAUGUCCUGUGCAUUGGGAACAACCCAUCGUUGGAAAGGUUGAUUGAUGUAUCAAAUACCAAAUUGCCAAAUGAUUGCCAUGUCAUCAUCUUACGCGGAGAUAAGAUACAUUUCAAAGGCACCGUCCAAUCUUACAAGCGUUAUAAGGUGAGUUAG